AUGUCUGCACAGCAGAAGCAACCCUCCACCACACCGCAGCGCAAGGAGUACACGCGUGACGAGGUGGCCAAGCACAACAAGCCUGGUGAUCUCUGGAUCGUCAUUGACGCUGAGGUCUACAACGUCUCCAAAUUCUCCGAGCUCCACCCCGGUGGCGAGAAUGUCUUCCACGACGAUGAGGUAGCCGGGCAGGACGCCACCGAGACCUUCUUCGGCCUUCACCGCCGCGAGGUGCUUGCCAAGCCGCAGUACCAGCGUCUCAUCAUCGGCACCAUCAAGGGAGAACAGUCCAAGCUCAAGCCCGAUCCCAUCGGAAGCCCCUCGCGUGUGCCCUACGCCGAGCCCACUUGGCUCUCUACCGCCUACCAUUCGCCUUACUACAACGACUCGCACCGCCACCUGCAGCGCGAGUGGCGCAAGUUUGUUGACGAGCACAUUGUCGAGGUGGCACAGCGCUGCGAGGACAACGGCAAGCGUCCCGACGUCGAGCUUGUCAAGAUGCUGGGCCAGAACGGCAUCAACGCCAUGCGCAUGGGCCCUGGAAAGCAUCUGCACGGCCGCAAGCUGUUUGCCGGCAUCAAGGGCGAAGAGUUCGACUACUUCCAUGAGCUGAUCCUCACCCAGGAGCUCGUGCGUUGCGGUGCUCGUGGUUUUGGUGACGCCCUCAACGGUGGCAUGGUCAUCGGUCUGCCUCCCGUUAUGAACUUUGGCUCCGACGAGCUCAAGAAGGAAAUCGUCGAGCCUGUGCUGGCCGGUGACAAGUUUAUCUGUCUGGCCAUCUCGGAGGCGUUUGCCGGUUCCGAUGUGAUGGGUCUUCGCACCACUGCUCAGCUCUCGCAGGAUGGCGAGCACUACAUUGUCAACGGCACCAAAAAGUGGAUCACCAACGGUACCUUUGCCGACUACUUCUCCACCGCUGUCAAGACCGACCAGGGUUUCGCUAUGAUUUGCAUUCCCCGCUCGUGCGGCAACAUCGAGACCAAGCAGAUCAAGACUUCCUACUCGACCACCGCCGGUACUGCCUACGUCACAUUCGACAACGUCAAGGUGCCCAAGAAGUACCUUAUUGGCGAAGACGGUAUGGGUAUUUACUACAUCCUGUCCAACUUUAACCACGAACGAUGGGUCAUGUGCUGCUCCACGAUCCGUGCUGCUCGCGCUGUGUGCGAGGAGUGCAUGCUCUGGAUCCACCAGCGCAAGGUGUUUGGUAAGCCGCUCACCAGCCAGCCUGUCAUCCGUCAGAAGAUGGCGCAGAUGAUUUCGCUUGUCGAAGCCGCACAGAACUGGCUGGAGAACAUCACGUACCAGAUGUGCAAGAUGUCGUACGCUCAACAGUCCAAGUUCCUUGCGGGCCAGGUGGGUCUCUUGAAGAGCUGGUCCACGCGUGUCUCGCACGAGGUCGCCGACGGAGCCGUCCAGAUCUUUGGUGGUCGUGGCUUGACCAAGACCGGCAUGGGCAAGUUUACUGAAAUGUUCCACCGCACUUACAAGUUCGAUGCUGUCUUGGGUGGUUCAGAGGAGGUGCUUGCUGAUUUGGGUAUUCGACAGGCGUUGAGGAUGAUGCCUGAAAACGCUCGUUUGUAA